AUGUCCGGCGUGUUUGGGACUCCUAUCACCGACGACUACAUAAAGGGAUUGCCGAACCCUCCGAAAAACAUAACGGCAGCGGUGAGGGCGCAGUACGCCAUGGACUACAUCAACGACGGCAGCAAGAACGUCGACGCCCAGACCUACGUCGACAACCUCAAAACCCAGUACGGCAGUGGAAUCACCUGCCGUGUCAUGUUUUACAACGCCACGGGUGGCAUCCUCACCUACGUCACGGAGAACGACUACCACGGCCACAUCGGCGCCGCCCCUUACCCCCUCAAGUUGGAGAACGGCCAAUGGGGCGCCUUUCUCCACGUCCACCCCUCCGGCUCCAUGGUCGGUUCCUCCGCCGCCGCCGUCUACGGCGGCGUGAACGGAAGUGGAGAGGGCCGCGACUGGAUGAUGGCUUGGUCCAUCCCUUACAUAGGGAAGAACCACUCCUAUACCGAGAUACGUGAAUCUGGACAUUAUCAUGAUGUUUGGGGUGUCAUUUCUGACAAAAUGGGUAACUCUGGACACGAAAAAGAAGAUACUUGGGGUGGAUGCAAGUCAAAAGCGAUAAUUGGUGAAGACACCUCACCAGCAUAUACUGCCAUAUUCACUUUGGAAGAUGUUAAGUUCCUGGCAUAG